UCAUUUAACCUGCAAAAAUGAGAUGACACAUACAUUUUGUUGUGUUCUUGUUUAGAACUGAGAAAAAAUAAACUAAAAUAUAAAACUAAGAGAAAGAUAAACUAUGUAAAUAAAAUGUUUUAGUCUUGUUUUGAUAUAUAGAGAACCAAAAAAUGGUAGGAGAAGCAAAAAAGUGUAAAGCUGGAUGGGCUUGUUCUGGAGAAGAUAUAUGCAAAGAAAAAUGCAUGGCUAAAUACAAUGGUGUUGGCACUGUUACUUAUUUUUCUUUCCCUCCGGAAACUAUUACUAUAUUGUGCGAUUGCGUGUAUGAUUGCUAAUCUUUCUAUCCAAAACUAAUUUUGUUUAAUCCGUUAAAUCUUAUGAUAAAAGAAUAAAUGAAUCCUCUCAGCUUUCUUUCA